GCACGUCCGUCCUCUUCCUUCGAUCCGACCAUCGAAUCGACCAGACACAAAUUCUCGGCAUCUUCCGUCUUCCGGUGUAUUUAUCACCCGCCGUCAGGAUUGCUCAGAAUCUCAAACGUUCAAGUGUCAAUUCAAGCAUCAAAGUCCCUGAAUUUAUAAUGAACCGUCUGCGACGUCCGCUCUGCCCGAAUUCACAGCAUUUACUCUUCGGUGAGCGCCCUCUGUUAUGCCGCGCGGCGGCAACCCAAGCGGGGUUCGGAGGGUGGCAUUAUAACCGCGGAGGGAGACCAAAUCUUCGCCUCAUCAGCGCCACUGCUUUCGUCACCACAGUCUUGAUCUUGUCCUUCGACAGACCGGUCGAAAUAAUAACCCGAAUGGCCGAACUUCUCGCGAAUAAGACGCAGCCCGGUUCACCCGAGGAUCUACGGUGGCGACUGCAUCGCCUAGAAGACAAGGCAAGGACCAAGCACGAGUAUUAUGAACAUGCCUUGGAGUCGAAGAGCCGAGGAAUCCUGGAUGGAAUAUAGACGAGUGGCGAUGGGACGAUUGCGAAAUGGCCGACGAAAGAGAUGAAGGAUGUGACUGUGUGUUUGGAGGAGGGAAAGUAUGGAGCAAGCGCCUGGUCCGUCUAUAUUUUGUUCCACCCACCUCGAACAAAU